AUGGGCGCCUAUCUCUAUGGGCGCCUAUCUCUAUGGGCGCCUAUCUCUAUGGGCGCCCAUCUCUAUGGGCGCCUAUCUCUAUGGCCGCCUAUCUCUAGGGGCGCCUAUCUCUAUGGGCACCUCUCUCUAGGGGCGCCUGUCUCUGUGGGCGCCUAUCUCUAUGAGCGCCUAUCUCUAUGGGCGCCUAUCUCUAUGGGCGCCUAUCUCUAUGGGCGCCUAUCUCUAUGGGCGCCCAUCUCUAUGGGCGCCUAUCUAUA